AGUACUCGAAAUUGAAAUAUGCUGAUUAGUCACAGCUGAAGAAAUUGAGCAAGUUUGUGAUUUCCAGACUAGUUUGCCUUGUUAGUUUCCAAUUAUUUUGUUCAAAUAGAAGUGAUAUACUAAUGGAACUCAAUACCACAUCAUGAUAACUAAUAAAGAAUUAAAGAUGACAUAAGUAUGUAAUUUUAGUAUUUAUCUAACAAUAUUUUUAGUAUUUUCAGUAAAUUGAUAAUAGAUCACGGUUUCCAAAGGAAGUACAGCUCAGAUUAUUUGAGUUUGUGAACAACGUGAUCACCCUCACGGUCGACAUGUGGCGGCAGACAUAGCUUACGAGACGUCCACAACAUUACGUUACUUUCAAGUUCUUAUUUUAUUCAAAACUUGAGUUUAUACUAAUACCACAUGACAUUCAUCAUCAACAUGCAAAUCACGAGUUUUUGAAACGAAAAAGACUUUUCUACAUAAUUGUUGAAAUAUUGAUCGCUUGUAUAAUGAAAAAUAAGAUGUUAAUCUAUAACUACCGUCCGAUUACCGUAUAUAAUUCAAUUGGUUUUAACAUUUAGAUUCCUCAACUUCGAAUCAAUUUCAUAAAGACAAAUAGAAAAUUAUUCAUAGUUAUUACAUUUGAUGAAGGUUCACCAAGUUACUUUACCGAAGUUCCAGGCGAUGAUCCACUGAUUUAUCCUCUUAUCUUAGAAUAGAUAUAUAUAAUCCGAAUGUUUUAACAUAAAUAAUUAUCCAAAAUGUGUGGUAAGAAGAUAUUUAUCCACAAUGUUCCGCAGUAAUCUAAAAAAAAAACGUUGAAGCCUAUCAUCAAACUAAAACCCUGAUAUAUAACAGUCAAUUAUCUUUAAAAUAACUCAACAACUCCCCUAAUAUUAUGACAGAACCUUUGAAUUCAUUCUAUAUAUAUACUAGAUAGUUUUCCUAAAACAAAAUCAGUAAUAGAUAUGGCAAAAACAAUCUUUCCCUUAACUCUCCUUUUGUCCUUGCUCUUGUCAUCAAUAUCUCUAACCCUAGCAGCAGAUUAUCCACUCUCCACAAAGUCACGAUGGAUAGUCAACAAGAGUGGCCACCGUGUGAAGCUAGCUUGUGUGAACUGGCCUUCACACCUUAAGCCAGUAGUGGCCGAGGGGCUGAGCAGCCAGCCAAUGGAUUCAAUAUCAAAGAAAAUAAAAGAAAUGGGUUUCAAUUGUGUUAGGCUCACUUGGCCACUUGAGCUAAUGAUUAAUGACACUCUAGCCUUUAAUGUUACCGUUAAACAAUCAUUUGAGAGAUAUGGAUUGGAUCAUGAACUUCAAGGGAUUUACACUCACAAUCCAUCCAUUGUCAAUACUCCUCUUAUCAAUGUAUUCCAGGCCGUGGUGUAUAGUCUGGGGAGAAACGAUGUGAUGGUGAUACUUGAUAACCACAAGACCGUACCGGGUUGGUGUUGCAGCAACGAUGACCCGGACGCGUUCUUUGGCGACCCGAAAUUCAAUCCAGAUCUAUGGAUGUUGGGUCUUAAGAAGAUGGCCACAAUCUUUAUGGACGUGAAUAACGUUAUUGGUAUGAGCUUGAGGAAUGAACUUAGAGGUUACAAUCAUACUGCAAAAGAUUGGUAUACGUACAUGCAAAGAGGAGCAGAAGCAGUGCAUGGAUCAAACCCUAACGUUCUGGUCAUACUCUCCGGGCUUGACUUCGACGCUGACCUAACUUUCUUAAAAGAUCGUCCAGUGAAUCUUAGCUUUAAAAAAAAACUUGUUUUGGAGCUUCAUUGGUAUGCUUUCACCAAUGGUACUGGUCAAUGGAAAUCACACAAUGUCAACGAUUUUUGCAGCCAAAUCUUCACUAAGGAGCAUCGUACUGGAGGCUUCCUUCUCGAUCAAGGCUUUCCUUUGUUCUUGAGCGAGUUCGGGACCGAUCAAAGAGGUGGUGAUUUUGAAGGAAAUAGGUACAUGAGUUGUAUGCUGGCAUGGGCGGCCGAGAAAGAUAUCGAUUGGGCGGUUUGGGCGCUUACCGGAGUUUAUUAUUUCCGUGAAGGCAAACGUGGUGUAGUUGAAGCUUACGGUAUGUUAGAUGCGAACUGGCACCAUGUUCAUAACCAUACUUAUCUCCAGAGACUCUCCGUCAUUCAACCACCACAUAAAGGACCCGGUAUAAAGCACAAUCAUCACAAGAAAAUAUUCCAUCCGUUAACCGGACUGUGUCUAGUGAGAAAAUCACCGUGCUAUGAGUCAGAACUCACGUUGGGUCCAUGCACAAAGGACGAGCCGUGGAGUUAUUCUCAUGGAGACAGACUUGAAAUCAAAGGAGGUCACAAAUCUUGUGUGGAAGGCGAAACAUCAGUUGGGAGAAGCGUGAAACUCGGCAAGAAGUGCACAAAGAUUAAGCGAAUAUCGGCCACAAAGAUGCAUUUGGCGUUCAAGAAUAACGAUGGUUUGUUGGUAUGCUUAGACGUGGAUUCGGAUAACAAUAUUGUUGCUAAUCAUUGCAAGUGUUUGACUGGAGAUAUUAGUUGUGAACCUGCAAGCCAAUGGUUUAAAAUCUUCUGAGGUAAUAUUUAUUGAUUUUAGACUUUUUAGUUAUGAGAAUAAACAAAAGUGCAUAGAAUAAAUUACGAUUACUGGAUUGAUUGUGUUUAGAAGACGAUCCAAAGCUUUUGUAUUCUUGAAGUUUGGAGUUCGGUGGAAUGAAAAUUAGUAUAUAAUUUAAUUUCA